AUGUUGGUGGACCCCGCUUUUCCUCUGUUCGCCGUUCUAACCAAUGUCAACAGAAUCGCAAGCGCAAACGCGAUCCGCGCAUGCCAACAAUGUCGUUACGCACUGAAUGCAUCUUUCCAGAUUACCGAAGUGUGGUGGUCAACCUACUGCAAACGGUCGAAUGGGUAUUUCGGGUGUGAAACAACUCUUCGUCAGGGGAAAGUCAGCGGUAUCAAUACAUGGGUAUAUUUUGAGAUUAAGCAACUUCGACCAGAUACCACCUACGAGUGGAACAAGCUCAAUGUCUUCACGCGAUGGCUGCCCUCGACAAAACAGACAAUGGUGCUCCUUUUCGACCCGAAAUCUCCCAUCCUAGAAACAGUUCCCAAAUUGCUGUUAAACCCCGAAGCAUCAAUCUUGGGUAAUGCAUACUGGUGUUACACGAAGCUUUUGGAUACCAUAGCGGAUUUGGAACAAGUAUCUGUCUGGGCAAUCCGCGACGAAGUAAGGAAGAUCGAAAAAACAGAGAUGACCGAACCAAUCCCCAAACCAGACUGGAGAAGAUUGCACGACAUUGCCCGACACGCUAUACAUGUCACCGAGACUUUGGAUGUAGCCGUGGAAACGAUUGAAUCUAUUACCAAACACCACAUGAUGUUUGCAAUGCCAAGAAAGGAUGAUACUCUCGUGGAUCAAGCCAUCGCCGCUCGGCUAGGCUUUUUCCGAGGGUAUAUGGUAAGCAUGCGCCAUCGCUCUAUCUCAAAUGAAAAGCGAUUGCAGAACGAGAUCCAGCUUGCCUUCAAUACGGUCGCGCAAUACAAUGCCGGGACCUCGGUGGAAAUCACGCGUGCCGCGCAGGCUGAUAGUUCAGCGAUGAAGACGAUUGCGUUUGUUACUUUGAUCUUCCUACCGCCGACAUUUAUCUCUUCGAUUUUCAGCAUGUCUUUCUUUCAAUGUGGCGAGGAGAAUGGAUGGGGGAUGUCCGAUAUGUUCUGGAUGUACUGGGUCUUUGCCAUUCCUAUCACCAUUGCUACGGUCAUGGUGUGGGCGUAUUGGCAUCGACUGGUUCCCGCCGUGGUUUCUGCACUCACUCCAUCGAGUCCAGACAUCCCCUUAGAUCCAUUGGAAUACGAUAGAAGUCGAGGCACACUUCGACAAAGAGUUCGUGGCAGGUUGCUAGCAGGUAGUACGAAACAGGAUGUAUGA